CCCUCCCUCCCCGCCCUCUCCCCCCCGCGCUCCGGCCGCGGGGAGGGGGAUGCGGACGGGGGAAGAUGGCGGCCUCGAACAACCCGCGGAAAUUCAGCGAGAAGAUCGCGCUGCACAACCAGAAGCAGGCGGAGGAGACGGCGGCCUUCGAGGAGGUCAUGAAGGACCUCAGCCUGACCCGCGCGCACCGGUUACAGCUGCAGAAAACCCAAUACUUGCAACUGGGACAGAGCCGUGGCCAGUACUAUGGUGGGUCGCUGCCAAAUGUGAACCAGAUUGGAAACAGUGCCAUGGAUCUGCCCUUCCAGCACAACGGAGCUCUGGCAGAGACCUUUGGAGCGGUUCCCGUCUCUUUGACUCCUUUUCAGUCGUCAGGAUUGGACACAAGCAGAACAACUCGACACCACGGUCUGGUGGACAGAGUGUAUCGUGACCGAAACCGCCUCGGCUCCCCGCAUCGCCGCCCUCUCUCUGUGGAUAAACACGGAAGACAAGUGGACAGCUGUCCGUACGGCACUGUGUAUCUGUCACCUCCGUCCGACACAAGCUGGAGAAGGACAAAUUCCGAUUCUGCCUUGCACCAGAGCACUAUGACCCCAGCUCAGCAAGAAUCCUUUUCGGGAGGCUCCCAGGACAUGCAGCAGAAAAGAGUCUUAUUACUGACUGUCCCUGGCAUGGAGGAGACCACCUCGGAGGCAGACAAGACCCUCUCUAAGCAAGGAUGGGACACUAAAAAGACUGGGUCAUCAAGACCUAAAUCGUGUGAAGUUCCAGGAAUCAACAUCUUUCCAUCAGCUGACCAAGAAAACACUACAACCCUGAUUCCUGCCACGCAUAACACGGGUGGCUCCCUGCCAGACCUGACGAACAUCCAUUUCCCUUCCCCUCUCCCAACGCCGUUAGAUCCCGAGGAAUCCACAUUCCCAGCCCUGAGUAGCUCCAACAGCACCGGAAAUCUUGCUGCCAACCUGACUCACUUGGGCAUCAGCACUGCCAGUCAGGGAAUGACGACGACGGCAGCGCCUUCGCAGCAGCACCGCCAGCCGGCCGUCAGCCCUCUCUCGCUGAGCGCGGACUCGAGACGGCCACAGUCACAGCAGAUGUCUCCUACGCUUUCCCCUUUGUCACCGAUCACUCAGGCCGUGGCUAUGGAUGCGUUGUCUCUGGAGCAGCAGCUUCCCCCGUAUCCGUUUUUUACCCAGACAACUUCCCAGCAGCAGCCGCAGACGCAGGUGGCCAGCACCCUGCCCCAGAGCACUCCGAUAAUGCAGACCUCCGGUUUGCAGCGGGGCACGCAGCUCCCCCCGCUCUCCGUCACGGUACCUUCCACCAUCCCGCAGUCGCCGCCGGGCAGCCAGACCCAACCGUCGAUGGGAAUAGACAUCAACUCGGCUUCACUCCAGCAGUACCGCAGUAAUGCUGGAUCCCCAGCCAACCAGUCUCCCACCUCUCCUGUCUCCAAUCAAGGCUUCUCUCCUGGCAGCUCCCCUCAACAUUCUUCCAUUCUGGGGAGUGUAUUUGGUGACUCCUAUUAUGAUCAGCAGAUGACAGCUAGGCAGGCUAAUGCCCUAUCCCACCAGCUGGAACAGUUUAACAUGAUAGAGAACGCCAUCAGUUCCAACAGCCUGUACAGCCCCUGCUCCACCCUCAACUACUCCCAGGCAGCAAUGAUGGGACUGACCGGCAGCCACGGCAGCUUGCAGGACACGCAGCAGCUGAAUUAUUCCAGCCAUGGGAACAUCCCCAACAUCAUCCUUACAGUGACAGGAGAAUCUCCUCCCAGCUUAUCAAAAGAACUGACCAGCUCGUUGGCAGGAGUGGGAGAUGUCAGCUUUGAUACGGAUUCCCAGUUCCCUCUGGAUGAACUCAAAAUUGACCCUUUAACCUUGGAUGGACUGCACAUGCUGAACGACCCAGACAUGGUCCUCGCCGACCCCGCCACAGAGGACACGUUCAGGAUGGACCGGCUGUGAAGCAUGGACGCCAGGAGCGUGGGAAUGACGCUUGUUCCUGGAGCCCAGCCCAACUGGAGAGUCCGAUGGGUCAGUCGGGGCAGAACAGGAGCUGCCGAGAGCGGCAGCGCUGUCCUGUCCAACCUGUACAAUGAGUAAAGCUUGUCGUUCUAAGCUUGCAGCGCUGCAGACCCCCACUCCCUGUCGCGCCGUACUUCACCCCUUAUCCACUCAUUGCCAUGAAUGAGAAAGGAGUUUCCAUCAGCCUUUUCCUCUCCGGAGUCUCCCCCUUUUCCCCCACCAAAGCUCCAGCGUUAAGUUGUCGAUUUAUCCUUUGCACUAGAGGAGGGGGGGAGGGUUUGGGCAGGCGGAGAGGGUUCAGAGCCAAGGGUCGAGAGGUUUUCCGACGUACCCGGUCGUUGGCUGCUCUUUGAGACCGGGAGGGGACGCAGACUAUGCCCCCCCCUCCCGGCCCCGCUCCCAUUGGGAAGCAAAAUCUCGGCAGUGCACCCUCCUGGGGGGCUCGGGGGGAGGAGGUCGGCUCUGCUUUGUGACAGCCGCUUCGUAGAGUAAACCCGCUGCUUCCGUCCCCGCGCUGCCCUGGCUGCGCCCCGGCCCCUUCCCCGUCCUCUGCCCUGAGCAAACUCGCCUCCUCGGCCAAGCGCGACGGUGGCCGCGGAGCCGGCGCCUGUAAACACUAUGUUCAAAGCUUUUUUUUUAACAGAUAUAUGUGUACUAUAUAUAUUUAUAAUAUAUGUAUACAUAUAUAUAGCAUUUCUGAGCACACCAGAAAGUACUAUAAUUCAUUACUUGAUGAGCACGGAGGAAGGAUCAGAGCGUUUUAAAGCAGCCGAAGGAAUAGAGGAGAUUUAACUCGCAGAGCAUGCUCCUAAUACUGCUUCGUAAGAGAUUCCUGGGCAACAGGAAGGGCAUUCCCGUAGCGAUGCCUGGCUCAAACCGCGAGGACUGUUGUUUGAUUUUUAGUCAUUACUUAUCCUGUUACCGUUAUUUAUGAUUUAUUUUUUUUUAUUUAAUUAUUUGGAUAUUAGGAAAGUAGCUGAACUACACACAGCCGGCGGGAGCACGCGACGUCAGACUGUACAGCGCAUCUUCUUUGUGUUUUUACUCCAGAAAUAUAUUAUAUAUAUUAUAUAUACAGGUAUUUUUAACUAACUGGAAUUUUAAAUAGAUGUUGAGCGGAAGGAAGGAAGGAAGCCAAAGGCAAGUCUGGAUAUUUUCCAUAGACCAAACAGCGUGGCAGGAACUGAGAUAUUCCUUCUCUGAGCUGGGGGAAAGCAGCGUGUUCUCCACAGGGCGUCCUGAUCCUCAGAGGGGCUGCAGAGGUGCUGGAUGGAUGAGGGGCCAUUGCUGUUAGUCCUCGUUCGCUGUAACCGAGUGGUGAUCCAUGGAUCAAAAAACCCCCCCAGCCCCACACUGGCUCCGAGUCGGUGGCUUCACUUGGACGUCAGGGUGGAACUGGUGAGGAUUGCCACCGUAGAGGCUGGGAGAGUUGGGGUUGUUCAGCCUGGAGAAGAGAAGGGUCCCAGGAGACCUUAGAGCAGCUUCCAGUAUGGAAAGGGGCUCCAAGAGAACCGGGGAGGGGCUCUGGAUCAGGGGGUGCAGGGAGAGGAUGAGGGGAAAUGGCUUUGAAUUGGGAGGGGGAAGAUUUAGAUUAGACAUUAAGAAGGAUUUCUUCACCAUGAGG